GCGAACACACGGCUGCUGCUUUUCUCACGGUUUCAUGUUAGUUAGCUACGACGUCGACAAACUGCUGUCGCUAGCUGUUUAUGCAGUUUACAUCAUCACCGCUCUGUUUUAUUCGGACUAGCUAUACGCUCGUAGUGUGUGCAGCAUAUGAGAGUUCAACAGUAGGCUCCAAUGUUUUGGCUCACUGCCACCUCACAGGUGCAGCGAGCUUUUACACAAUUACCGUUAUGGUAUUAAGAAGGGAUUCAGUCUCAGACAGGAUUAGGAUGCAUCUCAGUGAUCUCCAGGAGCAAAAAGGACUCAUGCUCUCGCAUCUUUGUUCUCAUCUCACAACAGCCCUGUACAUAUUGUGGAUCACCAUGGCCCAGGUUGCUGGCCAGGAAGAUAGAGAGAAAACUACCGCGCUUAAAGAUUUGCUGUCAAGAAUAGACUUAGAUGAACUGAUGAAGAAAGAUGAACCUCCUUUCACUUUCCCCAAAACACUGGAGGAAUUUGAGUAUGUCUUCAAUGAACAUGGCCAGCUCAGACAUAUAAAAACAGGAGAACCCUUUGUGUUCAAUGCCAGAGAGGAUCUCCACCGCUGGAACCAGAAACGCUACGAAGCUCUUGGAGAGAUCAUCACUCAGUAUGUUUAUGAGCUGUUGGAGAAAAAGUGCAACAUGACUAAAGCACUCCUGCCAGUGGAUGCCACAGAAGAUGAACCCACCAGUUUUAUUUACCUGAGCCAAGAUGCCUUGUCCAACCCGUCCAAGCUGCUGGUGCUGAUCCAGGGCAGUGGUGUAGUGCGGGCUGGACAGUGGGCCCGUAGACUAAUCAUCAACCAGGAUCUGGACUCAGGGACACAGAUCCCCUUCAUCACCAGAGCCAUGGAGGAGGGCUAUGGUGUGAUGGUGCUCAACCCCAAUGAGAACUACCUGGAGAUGGAGAAGCCAGUCAAGUCCUCUCCCCUACCCUCUCCUACCGAACCCUCAGACGAACCUGCUGAAAAGAGGGAACGCAAAGAUGAUAAAGAGGGCAAAAAGAAGAGAGAAUUUUAUGAGAAGUACCGUAACCCACAGAAGGAGACAGAGACUGAACGGAUCCCUAUACGGGAAAAUGGUUCCUCCGAGGAACACGUGCUAUAUGUGUGGGACCACUUUGUGUCCAAAGCUGCAGCCAAGAAUGUCUUCAUCAUGGCCCACAGCUAUGGAGGGCUGUCUUUCGUUGAGCUGAUGAAUCAGAGGGAAAUGCAGGUGAAGAACAGAGUGUGUGCUGUGGCUCUUACUGACUCCGCUCACAACAUCUGGCUACAGGAGACCAGCAAAGGCACACAGGACUGGAUGCAGCAGCACUGUUGUAACUGGGUAUCAAGUUCAGAGCCCCUGGACACACCGCUGGAUCCCAUGCUGCCAGACUGCCCCAGAGUCUCUGCAGGCACAGAGAGACAUGAGCUGACCUCCUGGAUGAGUUUCAUCUCCAUCUUCAGGUUCUUCAGUGAGGUCCUGGAGGCGAAAGAGGGCGAGGAGGCAGAGGAGACCUCCAACACUGUCACCACGCGCAGCAGCUCCCUCAAAAACAAACACCAAGAUUUGUAGAAGAUCAGCAACAAUGACUUGGAACCAGAGGAGAGGAAGGGAGCGGCAAGGGAUCAGAGGGGGGGGAAAUCAGAAGGGGAGGCUAAGGUUCCAGAUCCUCUCUGCUAUUUUUUUUCCUUUUCUCUCUCUCUCUCUCUGUAAUCUCCAUCUUUCUUUCUCACUCCUCUCGCUGAGUGUCAUUUCUCCCUUCCAGCCCUCCCUGGCUCUGUGCACACAUAGCCUUGUUGAUGGAAGAGACAAGAGUACAGGGUCACCAUGUAUACAUCAAAAUAACGUUUUGCAUUACUUCUAGAUGAGCGCAACUGUCAAAGCAAUAUGGGCCUGAGUGUUAGCGCUUCCCGUGGGCUGUGGCCUGGCUGCGGGUACGGGCCACGGCAGCAGAGAUUAAGGCUGACAGGCGCUUUGCACAAUGCACUGUGGUGCACCUCUAAUUGUCCUGACAUCAGCCUGAACUGAGCUAAUGCCCCGCCUGCCCUCCAGUCUCCAAUGCUCAGUCUCUCCCUCCUCUCCCUCUUCCCCCCGGUCCUAAAGCCUAGACUGCUUAUCCUGAAAUCAGCUCAUGUUGUCUGCAAUCUUCUGCUAAGAGUCAAUAUCAUUUCAAACUGGCCAAUGCCCAUUUUAAUUUUUUUGUCAGCCCAUAACCACCACAAAUGUUUUUAGUAAGAGUAAAUGCACACUCUUAACUGCUGACCAUUUGUUUUGUUUUAACAAAGGGUGGUGUUUUUAUGAAUUCUUCAUUCUCUAACUCCUCUGUACACGCAGUUAGCUUUUAAACCUGACUUUUUUUCAUUCAGCUUUGCAUAAAAUGUGGCUCUAACCCAUGCCAUAUAUUUCUGGGAUUGCAGUGCUUAUUUGAUUUUUAAUAUUAAGCCAAUACUCCUCAUAACUGUAAGUGUUUACUUAAGAAUAUCUCUGGGUUUGAGUCCAUCUCUCUGUGUUUAUUAUAAAUAUAUAUCACUUUUUUCAGUUUUAUAUCCUUGAAAUUGAUGUCUCCAGAUGAUUGAAUGUGAUGAAACAAAUAAAACAAACACAACCUGUGCUGAAUAUGGAAAAUUCAGGACACUGAGCAUAUUUAAAAUCACUUAAAGUCAAGCAUCAAAAUGGGAUUGAGGGAUAUCUCAUUUUAACAGGAGCCAGAAGUCAGCUCACAACACUCAUAAAGCCUCAAUAUAUCGCCUUACACAUGUCAGGAAAUCCAAGAUUUCAAUAUUAUUCUAAGCCUGAAUGAUAUUUCCUUAGAUGUUGGAGAAAUGUUACAUAUCUAUUUUUUCCCCAUUUUUCCUUCGACCAAAGUACUUACAAGUGACAAAGUCAGCUUCCUGCUCAGCUGCACAUAAUCUGACUAUGUGACACAAACAUGAUAACAUUUUUUCCAUAAGGCUGGUGUGUUUUAUAAACCAUUCAAGGCUUAAUGGAAUACAUUUCUAAUGUGUCAUGACAUUACUAAAAACUCAAACUGAAUCCUAAAUCUUAUGAUACCUUAGACACGUUGUCAAAUGUAUAAUUUUUUCCUUCUUUUAACUUCAAAGUUACCAUUGUUAAACUUGUACACUGUGAAAUCCUGCCUCUCCUGCCCACUGUGUGUAUGGUUUAAGGCUUUUGUGAAUUAUCUUUCUGCUGUAACGAGACAACUGUGGCUGAUGGUUGCAGGCCUAAUUUCCUUUUAAUUUGAUUCAGAUCUCUCCAGGAUUCAGUAAAGAAGUUGGCUUAUUAUUUGAUUUGAUGAGUUUCAUUUCAGGAUACCAUUGCUCAUCUUUCUGUUUUUCAGCUACAAUCAGUUCAUUUCUCACUCCAUAAUUUGUAUAUCGUUGCCUUAGGAAUAAACAAGACUCUGCUCACUGUUUUUUAAUAAUAUCCAGCAAGCCAUAUGUGAAUGGAACUAAAGAUGUAAGAGCAGCCUGAAUGCAAAGCACGGUCUGCAAAUAAAAGGGGGACUAAUUUUUGCCAAUUGCUCUUGAAGACAUUAUUUUUUGCAGAUGGUUUAUAUGUUGUUUUGCUUUAAGAAACGCCUAUUUUUGUUUUAUCGCAGUACAAGCCUUUGAUUUUCUGAAACCGCGAGUGUCCUGCCAGGUCACACAUUUUUCUCAUAUUCUCAAAUGUUUCUCUCAUUCUCUUUUGAUCCAUUUCGGUUUUAAGCGUCUGUCGUUAAAAGUUAUUUGACAUUUUCUGCAACACAGUAAUUACUCUGCUUUUACAUGAUUGAUUUCAUUUUUUGUAAUUAACCCAUUAAACCUGUCGA